CCUAUAAGAGGAGGUAGGCAAUGGGUUUCGCUUCAAAUAGUUUUCUGACGUCGAGUAAAUUGUGUUAAUGGUAUAGUCGGACUGUGUUUUACAAUUAAAAGAAUUUUACAAGUGUAUUAUAUUAGUCAUUACCACAUUAUUAAAUAUAAAAUGGAAUUCUCUGGUAAAGAAAACAUCACAGAAAAUCUGGAAAAAUUUUCACUGAAGAGCCCUAGAAAAAUUUUGACAGACGUGAAUAAUAUUCGUAAAAUGUCGAUCGGUGAUGAGAAUUUAGCUUCCAAACAGCAGGAUUCAACAUCAGUUGAAAAAGUAACAAUAGCUAAUAAACCUGCAGCACCAUUUGACCCAUCAAUUGAACCAUUACUGAAAGAAAAUCCACGUCGUUUCGUAAUCAUGCCAAUUGAGUAUCCCGAUAUAUGGCAAAUGUACAAAAAGGCAGAAGCAUCGUUCUGGACAGUAGGGGAAGUAGAUCUUUCUAAAGAUAUGGAUGAUUGGGCACGUCUAACUGAUAAUGAACGACAUUUUAUUUCACACGUGUUAGCCUUUUUCGCCGCAUCUGAUGGUAUUGUGAAUGAAAAUGUAGUUGAACGCUUCUGCCAGGAAGUCCAAGUGACAGAGGCACGUUGCUUCUAUGGAUUUCAAAUUGCGAUGGAGAAUGUGCAUUCUGAAAUGUAUAGCAUAUUAAUUGAUACAUAUAUUAAGGACUCGAAACAAAGGAAUUACUUAUUCAAUGCUAUAGAGACAAUGCCUGCCGUAAAGCGUAAGGCAGAUUGGGCGCUUGCUUGGAUUUCCUCGAAGUCGGCCAACUUUGGUGAACGUGUAAUUGCAUUUGCUGCCGUUGAAGGUAUUUUCUUCAGUGGCAGUUUUGCUUCGAUCUUCUGGCUUAAGAAACGUGGUUUAAUGCCAGGCUUGACAUUUUCCAAUGAACUAAUUUCACGAGAUGAGGGACUUCAUUGUGACUUCGCAUGUUUGAUGUUCCAACAUUUAAUACAAAAACCAAGUAAUGAGCGAAUUGUUGAAAUAAUUUCUGAAGCUGUUAAAAUUGAGCAGGAAUUCUUAACUGACGCUUUGCCGGUGAAUUUAAUCGGUAUGAAUUGCAAACUAAUGUCCGAUUAUAUCGAAUUUGUGGCUGAUCGUUUGCUUGUCGAGCUAGGAGUGGGAAAAAUCUACAACACACCGAACCCUUUCAGUUUCAUGGAACUUAUUUCAUUAGACGGAAAAACGAACUUCUUUGAAAAGAAAGUGGGUGAAUACCAGAAAUUUGGCGUAACUGCUAGUCGUAUGGAUCAUGUUUUUACGUUAGAUGCUGAUUUCUAAAGACGACUUGUAUAACUAUAUAUAACUAUAUAAACUAUAAGAUAUCGCUUUUAUAAAAAAAAUAUUUUUUACCAUAAGAUAAGAUAAGAUAAAAUUGAUAAAUGAGGAAUAAAAGCCUUAACAGUAAGUAAAACAAAUCACAAAAAAAUUCAUUGUUUAACUAAUUUCAAUAAAUUAUAAAUAUAUGAAAAAAUUAUGAGAUAUUUCGGCGGCCAAAACUUUGUAGUGUAACAAAUUAAACCCGAAAUUUCGACAAAAAGGUACAUAUAUUUUUUUUUACUUUUAGUAUUGAAGCACAGCGUGGUGGCAUUGAGUCAACAUGUUUUUGGCAUCUUUCGCUGGAAAUACGACUCCUAUACGUUUUUCACAGCCUCCCAUAGUUGCGUGGGCGUGGUCGAUGUCGACUUACAUCGAGUUACUGUCUCCUUGUCAUCAGUCCACAAAUUUUCUAUGCGGUUGAUGUCAGUGUACUCUAGACAUUGUGGGUGAGCAACUAAGAAUAUUUUGGACUCCGACAUAAGUUUUCUAAAUGAAUAAAAGUAAAAUUUUAACAUUAAAACUGAAAACUUCAAUUAAAUAAAUGAAUUUCACCGUUAUUGUCAAAUUUUCACAAAAAAUUUCAGAUACUUUUAAUUUUUCAAACACUUUCACGCACUACUAAGAUUUUGACUGACCGAAAAGGUUGUGCAAAUAAAGAGUCCCGCAAUUGUAACAAAACCAACAAGCCAAGCAAAACAAGUUAUUCAUGUUUUCAUGUCAACAGCUGAAGCUAACUGAUUUUGAAAUGUAUCCCAACAAAAUGUUGUAAUAAAAAAGUAUUCACAGAUACUAAAUGAAUGCCUAGCACUACUAAGAAUUUGACUGUACAUAUAAACACAUAGAGACUAAAAUAGAUUGUAAUAAAUAGACUAAGCUAUAAAAAUAAAAUCUAAAGAAAUUAUUUGUAAAUAAAGCCCCUAUAAUGGUUUUCAAAUCAAUUGAA